UUCAAAAGCUGUAAAAAGAACAGAACAGAAUAUUAAGGCUGAUAUGAGCGAAUAAGGCUUUUUCAUGACAUCAUCGAAACUUGAAACAUCUUAGGAGUUUUGUUAUGUUUUCCAAUCAGUCGGACUACCAGUGGGAUUUCUCAACGUAUCAUUAACUUAAUAUACAUGACCACCAUUAGCUGCUCAUGGAGUUGAUGUCAGUGUGCUGCAGAUGGAUCCUUUAUUUAGGUGUUGUGUCUGCUGCUGACAUUUCUGUUGUGAAAGUGAAAAUCGGAAAGCCUGUGACACUCCAUUGUGCCAUAGAUGUUGAGGACAAUGUGGAUGUGGCUUCAAAGAAGAUAGAAUGGAAAACUCUUGACCAAAUGGUGGCUAAGUUUUUGGACAAAAAAGUCACACCAGGCUGUGGCUAUGAGAACAGAGUACAGAUGUUCAAACAAAAUAUUGAAAAGGGGAAUUUAUCUCUUACCAUUACACCCACUUUGAUGAGUGAUUAUGGUGAAUAUGAAUGCCAUUAUAACAGACAACAUAAGAAAUCUUGGUCAUUGCAGAUUACAGCCAACAUUCCAGGUGUGCUUAAAGUGACUGUUGGACAGCCCAUCUGGAUUCCUUGUUAUUCAAGACGAAAAAAAUGCAAUGGAGAUGGAGAGCCAAACACGGAUCCAAUCUCUUUUGAAUGGUUGAAAGACAAUCAACGUGUAUAUUGUAUGCAGAAGGGUGGAAUAAAGGCACCGGGAAGAGCAGAUGUAUCACCUAAUGGCAUAAGAGAUGGAAAUGUAUCUCUUUUCUUUCACACAGCAUAUUUUUCUGACAGCGGGACCUAUCGGUGCAGUCAACAAAAUGAAACUACUGUACUUAAGCUGAAUAUUCACAAAAAAGAAGUACACGUUUCUAUGAAGGAUCCUCUCUCCCUUCCGCUUUACACAGUCGAUCCCGUUGAUGUGUACUUCCAGAAGGAUGGUUCCAGCAAUACAGUCUUACUUAGUGCAUAUGACAAGAACUGGAAAUACAUCAACAAGACUCAAACACUUGAGUUGCUUCUUGUAAUGAGGAAGCAUUUAGGGACAUACACUGUAAAAGAUAGAAAAAGAGAAGAAAUAUUUUGUACAUACAUUGUGACAUCUCCUGAUGACAAUGUUACACCUGAUGAGUCAAAGUAUAAAAAUGCUCUGAUACCCAUAUUCAUAUUUAUAUGCAUUGCAACAGUAGUGUUUGUCUAUUAUUGCAAUAUAUAUGGAAGCAACUGAAAUCCAUGCAUUUCCACA